GAAAAAAACACAACAACCACAGCGGUAUAUUCCUCAGCGGGACUGCCAAUGUUUCCCGUCCAAAUGAGACAGCACCCUGGACCAUACUGCAGUACGUAUUAAAAAGCCCGAUUUAAGGGGGCGAGGAUGAAGCGGCGCAAUGCGGACUGCAGCAAGCUCCGACGGCCCUUAAAACGGAACCGAAUCACCGAGGGGAUCUACGGCAGUACGUUCCUGUAUCUGAAGUUUCUGGUGGUCUGGGCGCUGGUGCUGCUGGCAGACUUUGUGUUGGAGUUUCGCUUCGAGUACCUCUGGCCUUUCUGGCUCUUUAUUCGCAGUGUUUACGAUUCCUUCAGAUACCAGGGCCUGGCUUUCUCAGUGUUUUUUGUGUGUGUGGCAUUCACAUCAGAUAUUAUAUGUCUGCUGUUCAUCCCAGUACAGUGGCUGUUCUUUGCAGCCAGCACAUACGUGUGGGUACAGUACGUCUGGCACACAGAACGAGGGGUCUGCCUCCCCACUGUGUCGCUAUGGAUACUUUUUGUUUAUAUCGAGGCAGCUAUCAGAUUUAAAGAUUUGAAACACUUCCACGUGGACUUGUGUCGUCCUUUUGCAGCACACUGUAUUGGGUACCCGGUGGUGACGCUGGGCUUUGGUUUUAAGAGUUAUGUAAGUUAUAAGAUGCGUCUUCGAAAACAGAAGGAAGUGCAGAAAGAGAACGAAUUUUACAUGCAGCUGCUUCAGCAGGCCUUACCUCCAGAACAACAGCUCAUACAGAGACAAGAGAGAGAAGCAGAGGAGGCAGCAGCAGCAGCGGCAGCAGCGGCAUCCAAAAGCAUUCAUGAUGUAGACUCUCCAGCUGUGGCACAGAACGGCUCGGCGGGCGGUAAAAAACCCUCAUCCAACACAUUACCAGAGCUGGAAUACAGAGAGAAAGAGCGAGGCAAGAACGAGUCCAAAAAGCAACACAACCACAACCAGAACCAUCACAGCAGCACCAGCAGCAGCAUCUUACCAUCAGUGGACAAUAAAGCUCAGGAGAUGGAGUACAUGGAGAACCAUGUGAACAGUAAGAGACUGAGUAGCUCAGAUCUGCUGGGCAGCACUGAGAACCUGCUGAAAGAUGAACACUCUUCAUCCUCCUCAUCCUCCACCUCCUCCAACUCCAACAAAAAUUACAAAAAUGCCAGCGGAGGAGGUGGAGGCGGCGGGAGCUCCUCACCUCGGGGGCAUGGAACAGCCAAUGGCAGCGUCCCGUCUUCCUCCGGGCCCUCAUCGUCUGCCUCUUCGUCCAGUAAAGGGGACAGGAAACAGAAGUACGGAGGAGGGAAGAACUCCGCGUCGCACAGAGACCCUGUGGAAAACUGCAUUCCCAACAAUCAGCUGAGCAAACCCGAGGCGCUCGUCAGGCUGGAGCAGGAUGUUAAGAAGCUGAAGGCAGAUCUGCAGGCCAGCAGACAGACCGAACAGGAUCUGCGCAGUCAGCUGGGCUCUCUGGGCACCUCCGAACGCAGCAUACGCUCCGAACUCGGCCAGCUGCGGCAGGAAAACGAACUACUGCAAAACAAACUUCAUAACGCCGUUCAGGCAAAGCAGAAAGAUAAGCAGACGCUGGGGCAGCUGGAGAAGCGUCUGAAGGCAGAACAGGAGGCUCGAGCCGCAGCAGAGAAACUGUUAGCAGAGGAGAAGAAACGCAAGAAGCUGGAGGAGGCCACGGCGGCCCGCGCUGUCGCUCUCGCUGCUGCAACCAGAGGUGAGUGCACAGAGUCUUUGAGGAGGAGGAUUUCUGAGCUGGAGGCCGAAUGUAAGAAACUCACGCUUGACAUCAAGGUGAAGGAAGAUCAAAUCAGAGAGCUGGAGCUCAAAGUUCAAGAGCUGCAUAAAUAUAAGGAAAACGAGAAGGACACAGAGGUUCUGAUGUCAGCACUGUCAGCAAUGCAGGAUAAAACCCAGCAUCUGGAAAACAGCCUCAGCGCUGAGACCCGAAUCAAGCUGGACCUCUUCUCUGCCCUCGGAGAUGCUAAAAGACAGCUGGAGAUCGCACAAGGUCAGAUUCUGCAGAAAGACCAGGAGAUUAAAGACCUGAAGCAAAAGAUAGCAGAGGUGAUGGCCGUCAUGCCCAGUGUGGUGUAUUCAGCAGAUACAGGCAGCAUGACCCCCGUCACGCCACAUUACUCCUCCAAGUUCAUGGACACCAGUCCAUCAGGACUGGACCCAAACGCUUCGGUUUACCAGCCAUUGAAGAAAUGAAUGCUUGUCUCUCACCAAAACAGACACGCACACAUACACACACACAAACACAAACACACACACAGUAUCUGGUUGUUUUUUUUUAUUUUAGUUUUUUCUCCAUAGGCCCAGAUUCAGAAUCAUCUUUGGCAUGUCUGUGGCUCAGAUCGCUUUUUUGUUUUCGUCUUCUAUUACUACAGCUUCUUGCCUGGUCAGAAGGAUGUCGUAUUGUGUGACUGUAUUUGUUGUAGUAAAAAAACAAAGACAAAAAA